AAAGCUGUCUUGCCCAGAUAUUGUUGUUCAAUGUACAUCGAAUUCACUCUUUCUCUUUGUUGUUUCUUUUGGAUUUCGUAUUUGAUUAUUUUGUUACUUUUAUUUCGAUUUUGGCAAUGGCUAUGGGGAAGCUUUUGUCGCAGCGUCUGUUCAACAUCUCUAAGAUGUCGUCGCAAGGUCUCAUGAACUGUCGAAUCUCUUCUUCUUCGUUGGCCGUGCGAACCAGGGUUCCCAAAGACCCAGGAGAAGCCUCGGUUGAUCCCGAGCCUGACGAUUUGUCGGUUCCUCGGAGGUUUUUCCAGAACAUCGCCGUGAAUUUGAUGGAUACGACUCUGAAGAAGCCUGUUGGGGAGAGUUUGAUGGAUAAGCUUCGAGAGAUGGAUGUGAACAAGGGCCGGAUUCGAUUAGACGGACUUUCGCCUCCGACGAAACCCGCAGCUGUGGAGGAGACGGUGGCUUUGGGGCUUACCGUGCAAGACGCCAAGAAGUUGCUUAGAGCUGCGCAGAUUGAAGUUGUGAAAACGAAGUUGAUGGAGACAGGGAAAAGCUGGAUCACUUACUCAGAGUUUGUGCGUCUCUGCAGUGAUUCUUCUUUGGGUCCUGAUCAUGGAACUUGGAUAGCGAAGAUGCUUGAUGAUUCAGGAAACGUCAUCGUUUUGGGAGAUUCUGUUUGCUUAAGACCUGAUCAGGUAACCAAAUCCAUCGAGGGCCUGCUUCCUUUACCACAGAUCCGUAACCCAAACGACCCAAGAAGAAAGGAGCUAAAAGAGCUUGAAGCCAUAAAGAAGGUCAUUGACCAGAAAGCACAUUCAUUGGUGAGAAGAGAGCUUCAGGCUGGUCUGGGUUAUAUGAUCCUCCAAACCGCAUUGUUCAUGAGGCUAACCUUCUGGGAACUCACAUGGGACGUUAUGGAGCCAGUCUGUUUCUAUGUCACAUCUAUAUACUUCAUGGCCGGUUACUCUUUUUUCCUUAGGACCUGGAAAGAGCCUUCCUUUGAAGGGUUUUACCAAAGCAGGUUUGAGGCUAAACAGAGGAAACUGAUGGAGACUCAAGAUUUUGAUGUUGGUAGGUACGAUGAGCUGAAGAAGCUGUUUAAUCCAAAACCUUCUUCAGCUGCUGCUUCCAAGAUUCUUGGAACUAUACAUAAUUAAUCUUUGAUAAAGGACAACUUGUUACAUUUCGUGAUGGUGUCUCGUUGUCCUAACCUGAGAAACAUAUACUAUUAACAACCCAAAAACUGUGAAAGAAAACAAAAUAAAGUGUUUGAAUAGGUGCGGCUUAUGUUAACUUUUGGAAGAGUAGAUAAUAUAUCGAGUAUGUAUACUACGUAAAAACUUUGGAAGUAUAAUCAUAUAUUUGUCCAACAAUAUCUCCAUGUGUAUGGACUUUCAUUUCUUAAGUUUGAGGUUCUUAAUUUUUUAAUUGUAUACUAUUAUUGAUUGUAUUAUUGUAUCCAGAUAAUCUCAAUAAUGCUAAUGUAUCAUAUCGUCACGUUUGUA